AAUUUUCAUAAUUUCUUGUUUGAGUUUUCUGUGUACCUAUAUAAUUUUUGUUCGCAAUUACCAGUACCAGUUGUAACAGUAGAUUUGAAUUCUCAUAAACACUAUCGUAAGAUUACCGACGUACGCAUAAUUAAUACAUACAAAAUGGAAAGUCUUGUUUUGUUCGAGAAUAAAUCCAUUCAUGACAUCGAUUGCACAGAUGUGUCGUCACUGAAAUGCGAAAUAUCUUUAAGAUAUGGCAUGCCCACUGAAGAUUUAUACGUUACGGUCGAUGGGAAGACUAUUGCAAGUGAUUUCAUCCUCAAAAAUUGUCAAAAUAUAGUUAGAAUAUCGACAAGGUUGGUUGGAGGAAAAGGUGGAUUCGGUUCUAUGUUACGAGCGAUAGGCGCUCAAAUUGAGAAAACUACGAAUCGGGAAGCCUGCCGUGACCUCUCAGGACGUCGACUACGAGACAUUAACGAAGAGAAGAGAUUAAGAAAGUGGUUAGACGGACAAGAAGAGCGCGAACGUGAGGCUGCGGAAAGAAAACAAAAGAAAAUCGAAAAGAUCCUUGCAGAACCAAAAAUAGAGGUGAAUCUGAAUCCGGAAUACGAGAAGGAGCGUCAAGCGUUACCAGAACGGGUGAGCGCUGCUGUAGAUGCCGGCUGGCAGAAUGCUUCCACUUCUGAAGGCAAUUUAAAAAGAAAAGCGGUUGACAUUAAAGCCAAAAAUAAGAAAAAGAAGUUAUGGAUUGAUGCUGAGCUUUCAGAUUGUUCAUUGAGUGAGGAUGAUGAUGCUGAUGAUAUUGAUGAUGGAAACAAAGCCAGUCCAGGCCCUGCUCUGUCAACAGAUAGCGGGAAUGAAUCUGAAAGGAGUAAAAUGUGAUUGUAACUGUUGGAACAUUUAGUUUUAUCAUGGGAAUACCUAUAAACAGUGAACCUAACUAUCUACUGAACUCAUCACCACUGACUCUUAAAUUCAGCUUGGGUGGCAGCAUUUGUCACCAGCUUGUGUGAUCAGAUAAAAUUGCAUCAAUGGAUUAAUUAGACUAUGGAUUAAUGAAACAAUAAUGUUAAGAUAAUUUGUGGUGUUCAUGUUGUGUAAAUAGGCAAUGGUUCUUGCACCAUUCCAUUAAACUUAACCCUCUCAGUGCAGUAAGUCUGGUUCUACAUUAAAAUUUUACCAAAAAGGUCGGUUGUGUUUGCUAGGGCAUUAUUCAUAAUCCAAAAAUUGGCAAAUCAACAGUUAAGAAUUAAUAGUGACUUAUCUCAAAAAAGUCAAGUUAAAUGUAGAUAAAAAAACAUUUCUUCGCUUCAGCUAAUAAGUUACCAGAAAAUUUGAAAUGACUAAAAAGCGUAAAUAAAUGCUGGAAACUUUUAAGUAAACUUAAAUUGUCUUAAUAUCGUCACAUACUAAGAUACCGUGAGUUAGGUGGUAUUGGUUCAAAAGAGUUGAAAUUAUUUUUAUCUACUAGAUAGGGUGUUAUUGUAUGAAAACAACAUAGUAAGGCAUUAAAUAGUUUAUUAAUCAAUAGCAUGGAAUAAGGUUAUUUUCCAUACCUUACACUUGGUAUCUUACAAAUGAGGCAAAGAAUCAUAAAAGUUAUGGCACUCUGCUCGUAGAACUUGUUUGCGUUCUUGCAGAUGUUGGUAUUUUGAUGCAGUUAUAGCAAUCAUGUUAAUAUGUAAGGCAAAUAUGAUACAUCAUGAUUGAAAUGUUUUGA